AUGCUGCCCAGCCUCUCGUCAUUCUUGAGGCCCGUCUCGCCGGCUGCGGCGCCGUCUGCCUCCAACACUGCCAUCGAAGAGAGUGGUGUAGGGCAUGCAGCGGAUUUGAACGAGUCUGCAUCUGCUAGGACAUGGCCACGAAGUGGGGCUGCGGGUGCGUGGGCCGAUGCAGCGCCAGGCUACGCUCCCGGGGCCGACUUCUUUGCGACUCAGGCCACCGCUCCCGUCGUUCGGAAUCAGCAGACGUCGAGGGGCUACAUGCAUGCUCUUAGCUUCAGCGACCGGUAUCAGGCGAUCAUCACAUCAGACUCUCCUGCUCUUGCUUCCACGCCCAAAUUAUCCACGCGUAGACUCAGAGCAACAUCUAACACGCUCUCGCAACUAGACGAUGCUAUGCGAAGCAGCUCGAGAGCGGAGAAAAGACGCAAGAGGUUGAGCUCUGCUGCUUCUAAUCAUCGCAUCGCCACUACGCUUCAAGCCUCACCAUUCGAGUCAGAUGCUUCUCGUCGCUGGGCUGACGCGAGUCACGGACUCGGCCUGGACUUGGGUCAAGGUGAUGAGGCUGACUGCGCCAUGGAAUCACAGGACUCGGGCCGCGAGCGUAGGCAACGUACGCGUAGCGCCAUGGCAACGUCUCAGUCUAUGGGUCUGCAGUCCGCUGCCGACCUUCGCCCGAGGACACUACGCCAUGUGGCAUCCGCAUCUCGUUUGCCUAGCCAAGCUGCAGCACCUCCAACCAGCACUCACGCUGUCCCGUGGCCGUCCGCUGCCAAGGAUACCAACAGCUCCGCCAAUGCUCGUCUAGCACCGGCACAUUCGAGAUGCUCAUCCACAGCUAGCACCCCGGCAUUGGAGAUGAGUCCCAACCCGGAGCUCAGACCCUCUUCACGUUUCUUGACCCUACCAUCGCGCAGACAAAGCUUUGCCUGGCUGGCUGGCGCGCUGCGAGGUGGAAGUACGAGUGGACGUGCUAGCCCUUCGAGCGAGUACGAAGAGGCAUGUGAAGAUCGCAGCUCCGCAGAGGCUGCAUCGCCGGUACAAGGCUUGUUUGAGGUCGAAACGAAAGGCCGUCUUGUCAGCGAGAUUGAUGAUAUCAACGUGUUGCGCGCGUCCUCGUGCACGACCUCCGCCUGUCCCUCGCCGCGCUUGGCGCCGCAGGAAGAUGAGACAGAUCUAUGUGCUUCCACAUCCACGAUCGCAGCGCAGGCUCGGGAUGCGCCUGUACCCUCGCCUUCGCCUGUGGCGGUGCCGCCGGCCCUAGAAACCUCGGAACACGACUGUUGCACCUCCGACUCUUCUGCUGAUGACGAGGAUCCAGGCUUGCCAUUGGACCUCUACCUGACUUCCAUCACCCACCUGCUGGAGGCGAUGCCGCAAGGUUUGGCCCGCUCUCUACCUGCUAGACAGCGAGACGCGCUUGCUUCGACAUUGCGCAGCGCGCUCGAACGUUUGGCAGAACCAGCAAAUGUUGCAUUGGCGAGCGACUUGCAAGUCAUUGGUGCCCACGAGACAACCUCAAAGGACCCAACCCGUCAUCGUGUCGAUCACCAUCACCACGUGUACCACCAUCUACCGACCGCAUCUGAAGCGCAGACGGCGACUCUGACAGAAAUACAUUCCUCGAGCACGCCCGUCGCGAUACCACAACGCUCGUCAGCAACGUGGCUCGUACCUAGAAUGGUCCUCGACAAGCUCGCUACGCCCACUCUCCAGCUUGGUCUGACGCUCGCUGCAGCAAGCAUGAGCAUGGCGGCCAGAGCGGCAGAGCGCUACACCGCCAAUCAACUGGUGGGACAUGGCGAUGUAGGACGGGGCAAUUUAUCUUCAUCCUCCCUAGAGUGCACGUGCCGUUGCGCUUGCGGCGCUUCAUCUGCACCAGUCGGCAAUACUACACAGAAGAAGUCGGAGCCUGGCUGGUCUAAAGCAGAGGAACAGUCGCUGCGCUCGCUCAGCCUUUCUGCUGCCACCCUGGCAGCGACUGCAAGCCGCGUGGAACCAACGAGCACUAAGGACCACGACGAAGGUGCGAGUGCCGAGGGGCAGCAGAUCGCGAUCCCCAAAGAAUGGGAAGGUCCAUUAGCUCUGGCAAAACUUGCUGGUGGCGCUAUGCUCAAACAGCUCGCGGCUGGCUUGAGUCCUUCCUCGUCGCCUCGCCCACUACCUCUCGAGGUAGAAGCUGCAGCACCUCCUGAUCCAAGAAGUACGUCAGGGACGCACAUGCAGCGACGGCCAAAGGCUUCUCUCGACGAGAGAUCUGAGCUUGAUAGCGCACCUGAACAUCAACGCCAAGAGCAUCUCGUCUCGCACGUCGCGCGAGCAAUCAAGCGAUCACCAUUCCCUAGCGCUCUGAACCAUCUGACGAGGCAACUGACCACAACUGUAGCUGCAAUAGACAAAAAAUUCGCCCUUCGGUCUAGGAUGUUGGACCUGACCAUCGCUUCCACUGCCAAAGGUCUGCGUUACGUUAGGGAGCACGAGCUGCAUACUCGCAUGAUCAAGAUCGGCUUCGAAGCUGCUGAGCAGAGUGUUGACGCCAUCAAAGCUUAUCGGGAAGAGACCGCCUGGCACCCACAAGACGUCGUUGGACAAGCUUUGCAACCUAGACGAUUGCAGACCUGA